AUGGAAGAGAAAAACUACGAAGCAAUACAACAAGUUGCAUGUACAGCAUCCCUUUACGGAAACCCAUUUCUAUAUUCAACAGCUGCUUUGAAUAUUCUUCUAUCAGUUACCACGUCAAUGGGGAACAUUCUUAUCCUUGUUGCUCUUCGCAAGGAAAAUUCUCUUCAUGCUCCAUCAAAACUGUUGUUUCGAUGCUUAGCAACAACGGAUCUUUUGGUUGGUAUCCUGUCGCAGCCUUUGUUUGCCAUUCAGUUGAUUUCCAUUGCACAUCAGCGAGUGUCACUUUGUUUCAUCCUUGUCAGUGUAAAUGAAAUUGCUGGUUCAAGCCUGAUCGGUGUGUCUCUGUUUACGAUGACCACAAUCAGUGUGGACAGACUUCUCGCUCUGUUACUAGGGCUGAGACACAGGAAAAUAGUCACUCUGAAGCGAAUUCGUGGAGUCGUCAUCGUCUGCUGGAUUAUAAGCAUUUUCAUCUGCACCUUGAGGCGUUUUUGGGAACGCCACUACAUGCAAAUCUCACAAUUCGUCUCUGGGAUGAUUUACUCAUUACUAGUGAUCUCAGCAAUUUCAUACACGACGAUUUAUCUAACACUUCGCCGUCAUCAAACUGAGAUGCAAGACCAAGCGAAUGGAGAAGGACCUCCACUCCACAUCGCACGGUACAAAAAAACAGUGUCCACCGCUUUGUGGGUGCAGCUAACACUUAUAGCCUGUUAUCUUCCUUACGGUGUUGUUAGUACGUUAAGUCAUCCAUAUGCCCCAUCCCAUAAUCUUUCCGUCAGGCUUACAAUAACCCUUCUCCACUUAAAUUCAUCUUUAAACCCUGUUCUCUAUUGCUGGAAGAUCAGAGGAGUCAGGCAAGCGGUCAAGGAUACACUCCGACGUCUGUGUUACGUGGUUUACCCAGCUAAACCUGCCGGAGAAAGUAGCGUGUAG